UGCCUCACUUCUAUUCCUAGACUGCAGUGGCUAUAGCCACCCAAGUACCGCCACAAACAAGUCAGUCAGAGUUUAGGACCCAGAGCCCUAUUUUUGGCUUAUAGGAUGUGACAGCUGACUGAAAAUCAAUGAAGUGUGACUUACGGAGCAUCAUAAUGAGAUAAGAUAAUGCUCGAAAGGUGCUGUCUUCCAUUCCAGAUUCAUUUGUCCGCCUUGAUUUUUAACUAGACUGUUUUAGUCCCCUACUAGGAUGAGACAGAUUUUCUUAUGAAAACAAAAGAUCACAUUUAAAGGAAAAGCCACUGUGGUGCCCAUGCUUUGCCUAGUGCUCUUUGCACUGUGUCUGAGCCGCUCAGAUGUGGCUGCUGUCAGUUCAAUUGCUGAAAAUGAGGAUGCACUCCUCAAACACUUAUUUGAAGGCUAUCAGAAAUGGGUCCGCCCCGUGGAAAACUCCAAUGACACUAUCAAAGUUCUUUUUGGAUUAAAGAUUUCACAGCUUGUGGAUGUGGAUGAGAAGAAUCAGCUGAUGACAACCAACGUGUGGCUGAAGCAGGAAUGGAUCGACCACAAGCUCUCCUGGAAUCCGGAGGAAUAUGGUGGAAUCACCGCCAUCCGUGUCCCCUCUGAGUCCCUGUGGCUUCCUGACAUUGUUUUGUUUGAAAAUGCUGAUGGACGUUUUGAAGGAUCGUUGAUGACCAAAGUCAUAGUGAAGUACAAUGGAGUGGUGACCUGGACACCACCGGCCAGUUAUAAGAGCUCCUGCACAAUGGAUGUGACCUUCUUCCCCUUCGACAGGCAGAACUGCUCUAUGAAGUUUGGGUCAUGGACAUACGAUGGCAGUAUGGUGGACUUGAUUUUAGUGGAUGAAAAUGUAGACAGGAAAGACUUCUUUGAUAACGGGGAGUGGGAGAUUUUAAAUGCCAAAGGUAUGAAAGGCAACAGGAAGGAUGGGUUGUACUCUUAUCCAUUUGUCACUUACUCCUUUGUGUUGAGACGCCUUCCACUGUUUUACACUCUUUUCUUAAUAAUCCCUUGCCUGGGAUUGUCAUUUCUGACUGUCCUGGUGUUCUACCUACCUUCAGAUGAAGGAGAAAAGCUUUCGUUGUCUACAUCAGUUCUAGUCUCCCUCACUGUUUUCCUUUUAGUAAUUGAGGAAAUAAUCCCUUCUUCUUCCAAAGUUAUCCCUCUGAUUGGUGAGUACCUGCUGUUCAUCAUGAUUUUUGUCACACUCUCUAUCAUUGUGACUGUGUUUGUUAUCAAUGUCCACCACCGAUCCUCAGCAACUUACCAUCCUAUGGCUCCCUGGGUUAAAAGACUCUUCCUCCAGAAGUUGCCUCGGCUGCUCUGCAUGAAGGGCCAUGUAGAUCGUUACUCAUUCUCAGACACUGAAGAAAAGGAAAGCACCUUCAAAUCAAAGUUCCCAGGGAAGCAGAAACACAAGCAAACAAAAGAUGGAGAGAAAAUUGUUGUUGCCUUUCUGGAAAAGGCAGCUGACUCCAUUCGAUACAUUUCCAGGCACGUGAAAAAGGAGCAUUUCAUCAGACAGGUAGGUGAAAAGAGGGUAAGGAGAGAUCGUGUUUUCCUUGACAGCAAUGGCUUCCAAGCUCUUAGUUUCUCUGCAUGCCUUUUGCUUUGCCUUUUCCUCCUCCUGUUAUAUGAGACAUCUCCUGGGAGCUUCCCUUGCUUGACAAAUGCCAUGGUUUCUGGCAAAAUACAUUGUUCGAUGAGAACAGUGUUCUGCUGUGAGAGUCCCUGCUCUUAGAUGCAAGAGGCCACAGCAGCCUUUCCUGGAGGAAUUCCUGAUUUGAAAUUAUUUAAGUAAACUUGUUCUGCUUAAGUUUGGCGUACACAUGAGUCUGGAAAACCUCUGGGUGGUCACAUGCUCUGAAAGUGUAUCCUUCACAACAGCUAUAGGCAGGCUCUAUGGCAGUUGCUAGAUCUCAGUCCUGUCCUCCCAUGAACUCUGCUCAGUGUAGCUGCCCUGUUUUGAGUGGAAGACUUCUAGAUUUUUACUAACAUCAGUUCAGAUUAGUCCCUAAAUACCAUUUUUCUCUUCCUGCUAACAAUCCACCUGGCUGUUAAGAUGGCUGAUUACUAUGUGCAUAGAAAAUGCAACUCACGCGAGGGUAGAGCAAUUCACCUAGUAGCGUAUGAAAGAUAAAAGCUUCAGCUAGACCCAAGUCCUACCACUUCAAGAGAAAUGCAGUCCUGUGAGAAAAGACCCAGAUCAUUAUAAAAGCAUCUCCAACCUUGACUCUGUACGCUUAGCUGAAAGCUUUUGUGCAGGCUGAAAGAAUUCUGAUUGCCUUGUGUGCAAAAAUAAGGAAUUGGUGUUUUGAACGACUUUCAGCUAUGGGUGCUGAAAAGAUGAUCCAUGUUAGUUUUAGCAUAUAGUACACCACACUAUUCUUAUUUAAAAAACAGAUUUUUGGAGCUGAAAUGUGUGUAGCAGUAUGAACAAAGUACUGGGAUCGUUAUUCUUUCUGUUUGUUCUCCCUCUCUCCUUCUCAGGUUGUCCAAGACUGGAAAUUUGUAGCUCAAGUCCUGGAUCGAAUCUUCCUGUGGUUAUUUCUGGUAGUGUCAGUGAUGGGUUCAGUUCUCAUUUUUACUCCUGCGUUACAGAUGUGGCUGAACAACACUUUAUAGAAAAUACUCCCACAGUAGCAUACAGCAAGUACGGUUCCAAGGGAUGGUGGUGCCUUCGAGCUUGGUCUCUGUUGUACAGGGCAGGAAGCUUUGGCAAGAAUGAUAGAAGAUGAUGAUAACAGUGGAUACUAACUAGUGCUUUCUGUCUUCAUACAACUCCAUCAGUUACAGAUUCGGCUGAGAUCAGGGAAGGGCUUGGUGCUCAGCUGAGUCCUAAAGUGAACUGAGGUGAUACGACUGGAAUGACUGGAUGAUAAGUAUUUUACUAGUAUCUUCAUUAUAUUAGAAUAAAAGCCAAGAUUAUUAGAUAAAAUUGGUAAUAGUAUUUCUGGCACAAUGAUUGUACUGAAAAGACAGAUCUGUCAGUGAAAAUGGCACUUCAUAAAGUAAGUUAUAGUACGAGCAAAGAUCAGUUUAUCUACAUUUCCAAGCAAAAACCAGGAUGUCUCUACAAAAUGCUAUAUGCAUGUGUCAGAACUGGCAAUUGCACAGCAUGUGCAUUGGAAAGAGUACAAAUACCUUUUAGGUGGGAUGUUUACAAUCUUGACUCUUUGGCCUCACUUUGCUGCGGGAUCAUUUUAAUAGUGGCAGAACUUACCUCUCAGGCCACAUGCUACCAGCCUUUAUGGCAUGCACACUUCAUCUCUCCUCUUGGCUGUUAGAAAGCUACAAAGGGUUACCCACUUUUUGGCAUUAUUUGCAAUUUUGCCUGCUGCUCUGUACUAUAGCAAAAGACUGAACAAGGAUAGAUUUUCCCCAUGCUCUGUAUAUAGAAACUAUGAUUCUUGCACCUUCUUAUUCACAAGACUGGAAGUGGAAGAUCACCUGAAGCAUAUUAUAUGCAGAAAGGUGGUUAUUCCAUAAGGCAACAGUGAUCCUUCUAAAUAGUUAUGUUGGAGGGAAGCUGCCAACAUUGUUUGCAACAAAUGAAAAUUGUGGUUGGUGACGAAGUGGAGUUUCUCCUGAGAGCUAUGAAGUGGGCUGGCUAUUAGGAAGACAUAUCUUUGCGUAUUGGCUGGUUUAUCUUUCUCAAGCAAUUCAGAAUUUAAUUCCUAUGAUUCAUUAAAAUGGGAUCUUUCUGCACGAUUAGAAACAGCUCUUGAAGUAGAAAUGAGACCUGAUAGAAAACUCAUAGGUGAAAUUCUCACCACCUUUGCUGGGGCAAUGUUUUGCCAAAGUGGAUUUCUUUAGACAAUCCCAUUCAGGACUGGUUGAGAUUUUCAAGGAUGACAAAGGAUUUAGAGAUGCAUUUUUUGACAAUUUAAGUGUGAAUCUUGUGUUAAAGCUUUUGCUAGCCUUGAAACUUUCUCCCUAGGGAUAGAGGUUAUAAAGCAUUAAAAAUAUAUGGAAUAUGCUUGUGCUUGGAUUAUAUGUGCACACUGGACUGCUGUGAGUUAAUACCGUCCCAUCUUGUUGUGUCAGUGUGGAAAGUUCUGUUCAUUUGUGCAAUCAUUAUUAAUAAAG